CCCACUAGAGAAAGUUUGUUCUCACGCUCUAGCUCUCUCCGUCGCUGGCUUUUGGUGGCGUCCAUUCCUAGCUGGCUCGUUACGUGCGCUACUGGCCGAUCUCAUCCUCCUGUUGAGUUGCUUACACUCCUUGCUACUCACAUAUCCACUCAGCAUGACCAAGACCGCACUAUCACGGCCCUCCCUCCUUCACCUUCUGCUGCCGCUACUUCUCCUGGGACAGACGGCUGCUCAGGUACUGUUAACGGGACGCUGCCCUAAGAUACAUCCUCUGAAGAACUUCCAACCUAAACGUUUCCUAGGACGGUGGUACGAGAUCGAGAGGUUCUUCGUUUCAUACGAAGGCUUGGCGGGGACCUGCUGGGUAGAGAACUACCUGUACGACCCUCACCGCGGCCACUACACCCGCCUCGACUGGAAAGACAGAUUAUCAGGCAAGAUACUCAGCAUAGAAAAUGGGAUUACACACAACAAACAUGAGCCUGGCAGACUACGCUUCGUGUUACAGCGGCCCAGCAUCCCAUUCUUGCAGGGAGAGUACAUCAUCCUCGCCACCGACUACUCCACCUUCGCCCUCGCCUGGCAGUGUGAUAACCUUCCUCUUGGUGUGAGCCAUACAGAGAUCCUGUGGUUGUUGUCGAAGCGGCAGCACCCCAGCUCAGACACCAUCCACCAUGCCAAGAAACUUGCACACGGCCUCGGCUUAGACAUCAACCGCCUUCAGAAACAAGACAGGAGUAAUUGCCCUCCCUAGAAAAGCAAGUGAGAAGAAAUUUUCCUCCCUUGUGAAACAAGACUAGAAAAUAUCCUUGAUUACCAACUGCGAUAAAAGGUAUCAGUUGCGUAGCCAGAUAUAAACAGUCGUGGACUCCGUGUUCCUGGAAGGAUUCAACCCAAGAUCUUUAUAUCCUUAGUGCUACAGUAAAGUCACCACCUGUUAUAAUACCACCGAUUUUGGGAUUUGUUUAAGUCCUCGUUUAGACUAAGUUAAUUCAAAAUUUCUUAAUUCAUCCUGUCUAUAGUUGUAACGAAAGUGUGCUGAGGAAUGAGAUACCAUGUAUAGAACUCGACCACGGAUAAAUACACUGAUAAGAUUCUAAGAGUAAGAAAUAGAUGCAAUGAGGGAAAAUUGUAUUAGGAACUUUGUUGUUUACCACAUGUGAAUGGAUGUCUAAUGAUUAAUAUUAUUGCUGCAUUAUUAUUAUUAGUAGUAGUAGUAGAAGUAGUAGUAGUAGUAGUAGUAGUAGUAGUAGUUGUAGUUCUGUAGUAACAGUACCCCUCUUACCGUCCUGUACAAGAAGCCACCAAGAACGAAUAUAGUCCAACUCUAUUGAAAA